CUCCACACUAACAGCUGAUUGAGACGGAGCCGCUCCAGUUGCGUCAUGGCGGUCGUCGAAAGCCCAAACGGAGUUGAUCUGCUGCAGCGCAGUGCAAGCCCCAUUGCAGCACUCAACUCAACUGAUGGCAGUGGAGGCAGCCAUGCAGCGACUAGCGAUGCGUCUUCCGAGAGCUCGAAUGUGUCGCCACAUGGCGAACCUAGUAUAGAUGCCUCUCAGGCAGCAUCAGCAAAGCACGAAGCAGAGCCUACAAUCCAGGUUGCCGACCUACACAAGCAGAUUCAAAUAAUCCAAGAGCAGUUGGAGAACGAGCGGGCGCAACGGAGGAUGAUGGCGGAGCGAGCGAUGGGACCGAGUGGGAUGGGUGGUGCUUCGUGGAGUCGACCAUGGUUGUAUGAGUGGGACAUGUUCCGGCCAGAGACCUACUCCGACCAGAACAGCAAAUCCUACUACAUGAGCCGUGUGACCGAGCCUAUCGUCACCGAUAUGGCCCAGGUGCAUGAGCGCAAGCGGAUCAUGAUGGGAGUGGUCGAGGCGGAGCUCAAAUGGCUCAAGAACGAGGACGACGCCUACACAACCAUGGUGAAGGAGAAGGAGGACCUCAAGACGGAGAACACCCAGUUGACGGAACGGUUGACCAUGAUGGAAGCCCAAGUGCGCCAGUGGGAUCCCAAUCUGCUCUCCGAGAAGAAACCCACCAAGCAUUCCAAGGCAACGGAGAAGAAAGGGGGAAGUGAGAACAAUGAGGAUGAUGAGGAUGACUCGUCCGUGAAGUUCCAGCAGUGGCCGACGGCACAGCUCAAUCGCGUGGAAUGGGCUUCCUUUUCUGCCCCUUAUCAUCAAGUGAAAGAGACCUUCGCCAUCGAUGUGUUGGAAGGGGAACCGGUCAUUAGCUUCAUGUCCUAUUACCGGCCCUGGUGGACCAUGAAGAAGAGCGUCUCGGAGGAGACAAAGGCCCCUGCAGCCAAGAAGAGACUCGCCCCCCCUGGCCAGGGGCCCAUGCCCGAACGCAUUCGCAUCAACUCCCGGCAGAUCCUCAAGAUUCUUCAGAAGCUGGAACCGGAUAAUUUCACCGACGAGGACGAAUCCCUGAUCAUGAUUCGGCCGUUCAAGGCCCUGGUAUUCUUUGAAGAUCAGCUCCGCCAGAUCCAUCAGGUGCUUCUGGAGAAGCAUCGAGGGGCACAGUCGAAGUCGCCCGAGGCGAAAAAGGACGAGGAGACAGCAGGCUCAGGGGAGAAAGAAGCUCGUCCCAGCUCUCCAACCGCCGCAGACCGACCGGAAGAAAACCGCGAAGGCGAGGAAAACCAAGGCAACCCCGUAAGCGAGGUACUGAAAGACGAGUUCACCUCCUCAGAAACCGCACUCGAGCAGCUGCAGGUGUUGAUCAAUUUUCUUGACGUGGAUGUCAAAGCCAAGAUGGAUUACGUCCGCAGCGAGCAAUGCCACCGGGUCUCCUUUGCUGAUGUCUGGUAUCUUUUUCGACCCGGGGAUGAGGUUGUCGACCAGGUAGGGAAGCAGGCAUAUCGGGUCAUAGGCGUCACCAGCUCGCCGCAUAAAGUGAUGUCACCCUACCGAAACUGGGAAACAUCCAGCAAAGAUGAACCCACGGUGAUGCUGCAAUGCGUUCACAUCGACUUUGACGGUAAAUAUCUCGGGCCGGUGCUGCAAACGUUCCGGAUCGCACGGUUCGACGGCGAAAAGGCCAUCACCUCGCUUCGCGUCUUUCCUAUCCGCCUGGCGGGCACCAGAGCGGGCGACCUGACGAGCAGCGUGGAUGUUCGCCAAAAGCUCAUCGCCCGUGGCAAGAUGUUCAUUGACGUCUUGACCAAGAAGCACAUGCACUACAGUGGACUGACGCUGGAGACUCGCGAUGAAGUGGACGGCCAAGUGGUGAUUGACUUCGAGAAGGCCUUUGAGAGCGAAGACAAGUCCAAGCAGCCGGCCGAACUUGGCGACAAUAACGGCGGGGACGGUGGAGAGGAAGAGCUGGAGAAGGUGUGGCGGCCAAAGAUCCGCAGUCUGAUCAGCAUCGAGGUCCCUGAUAAUCCUGCAUCCGACUGCACGGCCGCGUGCUGCGCCAGAGAACGCGUCCACAAAGACCUCUACGCCGAGCAGAAGCGGAACGAACACUAUCGCAACAGCCUCAUUCCGGAGGAGCUAUCCCAGCAGCCCUCUGCUGCCAUUUACCCUCGGGUGAAGAAUUCCCGAGCCUCCGACGACGCCCUUUCAGAUGAUGAUUUUGUGAUCAUGAGUUAUCGAGUGUUCGGCUUCAGUCUGCGAAGUCGCAAAUGGGAAAAGCUUGACCUCACCCAUCUCAGCUAUAUCCGAGGCAUCCGGGUGGAGAGCAAGGGCGAGGACCAAGGCAAACCGCAAGUCCGCGAGACGGCUUUCGAUCAGCUGGUGCUGGAGGAAGGACACAAGAAGAUGCUCUUGUCUUUGGUCGCACAACAUUACCGUGACAAGGAGUCACCCACCGCUGCGAAUGAGCAAGUCGAUAUUGUGCGCGGAAAAGGCAAGGGACUGAUUAUUCUACUCCACGGUGCUCCCGGAGUGGGUAAAACCACCACGGCAGAGGGCGUGGCCGAGCUCUUUGAGAAGCCUCUUUUCCAGAUCACUUGCGGUGACUUGGGCACCACGGCCGAGAGCGUCGAGCAUGCCCUGGAAACAAACUUCGCCUUGGCUCAUCGAUGGGGCUGUAUCCUCUUGUUGGAUGAGGCUGACGUGUUCCUGGCGAAGAGAACGCCCCAGGAUUUCAAGCGGAAUGGCUUGGUGUCCGUCUUUCUGCGGGUGCUUGAAUACUAUGCCGGAAUUCUCUUCCUCACGACAAACCGCAUUGGCGACUUCGACGAGGCGUUUGGAUCCCGUAUCCAUAUAAGUCUUCACUACCCCCAGUUGACGCUCCCAGCCACGAGAGAGAUUUUCUUGCUGAACAUGAGACUCAUCCAGCAGCGAUUCACGGAAAAGAAGCGAAACAUCACGGUCGAUCGGGAUGCCAUCCUGGCGAUGGUGGAGAAGUAUUGGAAGACGCACAAGAAGAUGCGCUGGAACGGCCGACAGAUCCGCAAUGCGUGUCAGACAGCUUUGGCCCUGGCGGAAUUUGAGGCCGGAGGCGGCAGUCAUGAGAAGAUCAUCGAUCCGACCGCAGAGGUCAGGCUUAGCGUCACGCAUCUCGAGACAGUGUCCAAGGCCUACCUUGAGUUCAUGCAGUAUCUGAGGAAGCUCUACAAGGUGGAUCAAGACCGCUUGGCGCAGCGACGGGGUGUCCGGGCGAGGGAGCUGGAUGACAAAAAAAUGAAUUUUACGGAUGACGAGGAGGAGC